CUUUCCAAGCUGUUGAUUUCUUCUUGGCUUGUUUUUUAUAGGUGUUUGUGGAAAUACCUCAAGCGAGGAGAAGAAUAGCACGGCCAACUCUGGGGUCUUCUCUACAGACAGCCUGAGCAACGGGCACCUGGGAAGUUUUUCAUCACACACACAAGACCAGGAAAGAAAUAUUGAAGAACUGGAAAUGGCUCGGACUCAGAGCUUAAUGCCCAGGCUGAGACCUCAGCUGUCUGCUCCACCAUUAAAGGGUACUGGUUCUUCGUGUCCUCUAUCACCUUCAGAAAACAAUGCCAGUGAAAUCUACUUCGUGGAGCUGGUUAAAGAAGAUGGGACACUUGGAUUCAGCGUGACUGGUGGCAUUAACACAAGUGUGCUCUGUGGAGGUAUCUACGUGAAAUCCAUCAUUCCCGGAGGGCCAGCAGCCAAGGAAGGGCGGAUCCUUCAGGGUGACCGGCUCUUGCAGGUGGAUGGAGUGAGUCUGUGUGGCCUCACCCACAAGCAGGCCGUGCAGUGCCUCAAGGGCUCUGGGCAGGUUGCAAGACUGGUCUUAGAGAGAAGAGGCCCCAGGACUGCACAGCAGUGUCCUUCUGCUAAUGACAGGAUGGGAGAUGAAUGCACGGCUGUUUCCUUGGCAACAGUCUUGCCUGGAAGGCCUGCGAGCAGUGUCUCAGCGACAUAUGGUCCCAGGUUUGAAGUCAAGCUAAGAAAGAACGCCAGUGGUUUGGGAUUCAGUUUCGUGCAGAUGGAGAGUGAACGCUGCGGCCAUCUCAAGAACGAUCUUGUGAGGAUUAAGCGGCUCUUCCCGGGGCAGCCGGCAGAGGAGAAUGGGGCCAUCGCAGCUGGUGACAUUAUCCUGGCUGUGAACGGAAGGCCCACAGAAGGCCUCGACUUCCAGGAGGUGCUGCAUUUACUGCGAGGAGCCUCGCAGGAAGUCACGCUCCUGCUUUGCCGACCCCUGCCAGGUGUGCUGCCUGAGAUGGAUCAGGGCUGGCAGGCCACCGGAGAGGCACAAUGGGACCAAGACACAGAGAGACCCUGGGCCACUUCCUUGACUCGUCCUCGGGAUUCCUACCCUCAUUUAUUCAGACUUCACCAAGAAAUGGAUGCAUCAACAUUGGCUACCUCUUUGGAAAACGAUAUGAAGCAAAACUGCUAUUCAGUUUGUGAUAUCAGGAGACUUGAAAGUCCUGAAUUGCACAGUGAUGAUGAUGAAGGUGACAUAUACCAUCUACCUGAAGCCCCUCCUCUCACCUUGGAGGAUGAAGCAUAUGCUACUAUCAGCUCUACGUUGGAAGACCAGCUACCCUGUGGAGAAUGUUUGAAGGCAGAUUCAGGGACCAUUCCUUUACCGCAGUUCUGUUCUUGGGGUACUUUCUCAGAGUGUUUGCCUCCAGAAGAGUCCCGUGAGAGUGACAGCGAGUGGGAAGAACUUGAGGAGGCUGAGGACCCAGACGAUGGCACCCUCAGGUGAACAGAGAAAGUGGGACAGUCUCCCAAGGCAGAACCUGAGGGUUUCUGCCUGGACAUCGUUCUGACUGUGAUCACAUGGAAGAGCCCUCAGAUGUUGGUCCAAAGAAGGUACCUACAUACUCCACAAUAAGGAAAGAGGCCAGUGGGGCCCUGAGAAGGUGACCUGGGAUGGAGUGUCUGGCCCAGUUGUUAAGAAGUAACUUCAAAAAAAUCAUGCCUGUCACUUCUGAAACUCAUUUUGAAUAGUGGUCGUGACCCCUCUUCAGUUCUGGGGUUUAUGUUGAAUAAAGCUCUGUGUGUGUAUGUGUGUGCACGUGUCCUUGCAUACUUACAGGGGCUUCGCCUGGUGAAAGAAUUUGAGAAUCAACCUCCUACAUCAAGAUAAGCCAGGACAGGGUGCGGUCUUGCUGGUGCACUGGUCACACUUUCUGGGACAGAUGCCUUGUUCCAGUUGGCACUUUUGGGUUCUCCAUUGGUUGAAGGAGUUUCCAUGGUUUUCAAAGUGCCCCCAGUUCCCUCGAGAGAAU